AAAACAUUUUGAGCAAACUAUGCUAAAAGCCUAAAACAGUGAACCUGAAUACCUGACUCAACAACCCAGGGACUCAACUGGGUGAAAAGUGAAAAAUGUUUCUCACAUUCACAUAGAACCUUCAACGCACAUAUUUUAUUAAAAAACACCGAAUUUCUCGAAAGCGGGUUAUGAUUGAAUUCGUUGCAUUGUGAGCAAUUUGAAACAGAGAUCUACCGAUGAGUGCAAAGAAUGGUUAAUCACCGAGGGCAUCAUCACCUUUCAUCAUCCAGAAACAGAAAAUCUUCCUUCUUUUCAAUAACCUUGUACGUGAUCCUCAUUUUUGCUCUCUCAAUCUUCACUUUCAUGCUGUACAGCAAAGAUGUGUUGGAAGACGAAAAUAAGAUGCCGCUUCUUAGAGUUGAGAAGCCCAAAAUUAACAAGUUAUUAGAUGAUAAACUUUGGGAAACUCCUUCUAGUCUUGGUUUGCAGCAGUGUGUCGAGCCAACAAGUAAAUAUAGAGAUACUCCAGUUUGGGAUCACUAUAUGACUGUAAAAAGUAACGGAGGACUAAAUCAAAUGCGCAUUGGGAUUGCUGAUAUGGUGGCUGUGGCUCGCAUUAUGAAUGCUACAUUAGUGAUUCCUCAACUGGACAAGAGUUCAUUCUGGCAGGAUAGCAGUACAUUCUCUAAUAUAUUCGACGAACUCCAUUUUAUCAAAUCCUUGGAGAAGGAUGUGAGGAUUGUAAAGGAGCUUCCUAAAGAAGUAGAAUCUCUACCUCGAGCUAGGAAACACUUCACCUCAUGGGCUGGAUUGAGCUACUACGAGGAAAUGACGGCAUUAUGGAAGGAAUAUCAGGUAAUUCAUGUCGCAAAAUCAGAUUCUAGACUUGCAAACAAUGAUCUUCCCCUUGACAUUCAGAGAUUGAGAUGCCGUGCUCUGUAUCAUGCUCUCCGCUUUUCUCCAUCUAUUGAAAGUCUAGGAAAGAAGCUCGUGGAGCGGCUGCGAUCACGUGCUCAAAGAUACAUUGCCCUUCAUCUGAGAUAUGAGAAAGAUAUGCUGUCUUUUACUGGAUGUACUUAUGGUCUUACUGUUGCAGAAUCAGAUGAGCUCAGAUUGAUGAGAGAGAAAACAAGUCAUUGGAAAGUGAAGAACAUUAACCCCACAGAACAGAGAGAUGCUGGUUUCUGCCCUUUAACUCCGAAGGAGGUCGGGAUAUUUCUUAAAGCUCUUGGAUAUCCACCAUCUACCUUAAUAUAUAUUGCUGCUGGAGAAAUUUAUGGUGGUGACACACAUCUUUCGGAGCUCACUUCCCGAUUUCCUAACAUAGUUUCCAAAGAAAUGCUUGCAACCAAAGAAGAAUUGAAUGGUUUCUCCAAUCAUGCAUCACAAACUGCAGCCCUAGAUUACAUAGUCUCCGUAGAAAGUGACAUUUUCAUUCCUUCUUACUCGGGUAACAUGGCAAGAGCUGUUGAAGGUCAUCGCCGAUUCUUGGGACAUCGAAAAACAAUCACUCCGGACAGGAAAAGCCUAGUUCAAUUGUUUGAUAAAAUGGAGGCUGGACAGCUUGAAGAGUCAUCUCUAUCCCUCCCUGUGAUGCAAUUGCAUAGAAAACGGUUCGGUGGACCUCGGAGGAGAGGAAGUGGUCCUCCUGGAAUCAAGGGAAGGCUACGAUCGCGCCUGGAGGAAUCCUUUUACCAAAACCCAUAUCCAGAAUGCAUAUGCAAAUCAUAAGGUGAAGUGAAGCAAAUUGCAAAAAAGUGCAGUGUUUUCGACAAGAAAUUGGGAUUGAAUUGGCACACAGCCUCUUCCUUCAUUGGACUUCCAAUGUGCUUUCCAUGGAUCAGUUGUAGCAGCCAUACCGUUGUUGAUGUUAUGUAGGACAGAGAGUUUGUUUCCUAAUUUGGAAAUAAUUUUGAAAGUUUCUUUAAAUUAUUUUAAUUUGUAGUUGUACUAAAAAAUAAACACUGUAGGUCACAAGUAUAGUUCCGGAGCUUGGAUCCAAUUGAUUUUAAUUACCUUCGUUUGCAUCCA